CACCUUCUGGACGAUUACGGCGGCAUGACAUCAACUUAUGUUUGCUUGUGUUGUACGUGCGUGCAAAGUUCUUACGUGGGCCUGUGUGUGUACUAGCUACUCUACAAACAUGCGUGGAGGGCUCUGAAAUCAUAAUUAGAAUAAAUAGAGAUUUGUGAAAUUGCAUCACUGACUGCCGAAUAAUAAAGUUCGUACUUCAAACCGAGCUGAACCAGGAAAACAAACCGCAGCUCUACUGUAACACUGGCAGUGGCGAGAGUUACAGCUCUGACGUGAGGACUCUCUUCCAACACACAGAGGACAGUUCUGAAAAGAAAAAGGCCACCAUGGCAGGCCAACUACACCCACAGCUGCUGCUGUCCAGGCAGUACUGCAGAGUUUUCUCUGUCAUUAACUCACAUAUUCACACCAGUUCUGGGCUGGCCUCUAAGGACCACUACAAAGUUCUUGUGCUCGGUGGUGGGAGCGGUGGCAUAGCGAUGGCCGCACGCAUGAAAAGAAAGGUCGGCGCAAAAAACGUGGCCAUCGUGGAGCCUAGUGAGGUGCAUUACUAUCAGCCGAUAUGGACGUUAGUUGGCGCAGGGUCCAAAAGUGUUGCAUCCUCUGGGCGACCAACAGCGAGUGUGAUUCCAUCAGGGGUGAAGUGGGUCAAGUCCAAAGUGGCAGAAUUCGAUCCUGAGGACAACACUGUCCACACAGACUCUGGGGAAAAGAUUUCCUAUGAUUAUCUGAUUGUAGCUCUUGGCCUUGAGCUCCAGUAUGAAAAGAUCAAGGGCCUGCCUGAAGGGUUUGAACAUCCCAAAAUCGGUUCAAACUACUCCGUGAAAACAGUGGAAAAGACAUGGAAUGCCUUGAAGAACUUUAAGGAGGGCAAUGCUUUGUUCACCUUCCCAAACACUCCCAUCAAAUGUGCAGGAGCUCCUCAGAAAAUCAUGUACCUCUCUGAUGCCUUCCUGAGAAAGACGGGAAAAAGGUCCAAAGCCAACAUUAUUUAUAACACCUCCUUGCCAGUGCUGUUUGGGGUCAAGAAAUACGCCGAUGCCUUGUGGGAGAUUGUGAAGAAGCGGGACCUUAACGUAAACCUGAGGCACAACCUCAUCGAGGUCAGGGCCGACAAACAGGAAGCUGUUUUUGAGAAUCUGGACAAACCUGGGGAGACAGAGGUUUACAAGUAUGAGAUGAUCCACGUCACCCCUCCGAUGGGACCUCCUGCAGUGCUGAAAGGCUCCUUGCUGGACGAUGAGGCCGGCUGGCUGAAUGUAAAUAAGAGCACCCUUCAGCAUAAGACUUACGCCAAUGUAUUUGGUAUCGGAGACUGCACCAAUCUACCCACAUCCAAAACGGCAGCAGCAGUAGCUGCACAGUCUGCAGUACUCGACCGAACUGUCAGUAGAAUUCUGAAGAAACAGACGCCGGAUAAGAUAUAUGAUGGCUACACCUCCUGCCCACUGGUUACAAGCUACAACACAGUGAUCUUGGCAGAAUUUGAUUAUGACGGGCAGCCGUUGGAGACCUUCCCUGUGGACCAGAGCAAAGAGAGCAGGGUCAUGUACCACAUGAAAGCUGAUGUCAUGCCUCAUUUGUAUUGGCAUGGACUUCUCAAGGGACUUUGGGGAGGCCCAGGACCAUACCGGACCAUCAUGCAUAUGGGAAUGAAAUAGAACAGACUGUUAUUUGGGAACAGAGCAAACAUAUAUUCUUUUUCAUUAAUAAAAUUUUUUCUUUGAUAGUGCUUAAUUUGCUUAAGCGAAUAUCCAGAGAGGCCUGCUUUAAAUUAUAGUUUGCUAGUUUUGUAUAAUUUCCAAUUACAGUGCUAUAUAAUAAUUUUGGCUAUGGCAUAAUCCAUGAUAUUGUGAUUAAAAACACAUUCUACUUC